UGAAAUUACAGAGGAAAAGGAUUUCAUAAUGCAGGUUGGUUUUUAUCUGACAAUGGAUUCCUCUUCUGCAGAUAGCACGUAUUCGGUAAUCGUGAUCGUCUUCGCUGCAAGAAGAAAUUAGGGUUUUGUUCUUAGGCAAUCUUAUUGGAAUUGCGUAACCGUAAUUUCCUUCGCUCUCCAGAGCCUCGCCCUAAUGGAGACGACGUCGAUGGCCACGAACUCCAAUUUCAGCAUUGACGUUCCCCUUAUCGCUUCCGUUAAACAUGAGCCACCUUCACAGCCGCCACUGAUACAGCCGCAAUUGGAAACUGAACCGGAACCGGAACUCGAACGCCAAGACGAAGCCCUUGUGGACGGAGAUACGCAAGACCUCACAAUUGUGCAACCACCUUCUCAAUUUUUAGAAUCCAUCGACGAACUCAACUCUUUCUCGAGUCUCAUCCAAACCUUCAAACUCCGAUUCGAUGAACUGAAAAACCACCUCGAUUUCAUCCAAAAUGCGCUUGAUACACAUUCCAAUGAACUCCCCCCCUCACCUCAUCGACCUCUGUCACAACCAGAACAGCAACAACAACGCGAAACACAAGCUAUAACUCAAACUAAAGGAAAAACCGAAGCCGAAGCAGAGACGGAAGUAACGGCCGAGGCAACGAAGCAGGCUUCAAAAUCUGAGGUUCAAUUUCUAUGUGAAGCUAUGUCCAGCCGCGGCUUACGUAAGUACAUUGUCACCCGCCUCCAUGACACCACCAAGCUUCGAGAAGAAGUUCCAGCGGCACUCAUGUGCGCCCCCAAUCCAGCCAAGCUCGUGUUGGAUUGUAUUGGGCGCUUUUAUCUACAAGGUACCAAAGCAUAUACCAAGGACUCUCCCAUGAUUCCUGCGAGGGAAGCGGCCAUUUUGACUACGGAAUAUUUUCUUCUCAUGGACAACCAUGUUAAAAUUGAGGCAGAGGUCAAGGAGGAGGCGGAGACUGGGGCUGUUGCGUGGAGGAAGAGGUUGAUUAGUGAGGGUGGUCUUUCUCAGGCUGCUGAGAUUGAUGCAAGGGGUUUGCUUCUUUUUGUGGCCUGUUAUGGAAUCCCCACUGUGUUUAAGAACGGGGAUAUUUGGAAUUUGUUACGCUUGAGUAAUUUGAGGAGGAUUGCCGACGCCCUUCGUCGGUCCCCUGUUCUUGUUGCGAGGGUUUCAGCGAUCAUUGAAGGAAUGAUGAAGCAUGGAAUGGCUCUUGAAGCUGUUGAAGUUACUUCGGCUCUUGGGAUAGAUGGCAAGUUCCCUCUUCAGAAAAUUUUGAUUUCUUUCUUACAUGAGACUAAAGAAGCAUAUAAGAGAAACAGACGAGAUUCGAAAGGUUUCCCUCUCUUAGUGAAAGAAGCAAAUGAAAAACAAUUAGACUCUCUGAAAUCGGUAAUAAAGUGUUUGGAAGAUCAAAAGUUUGAUCCGGUUAAGAUUCUUCCAGGAUGGCAAAUUAAAGAAAAGAUAAGAAAACUAGAAAAAGAGACUGCUGAUCUAAAUAAAAAAGUGGAAGACUGUGUGAAUGCAAAGCGGAAAGCUGAUGUGAAUGAAUCCUCGAGUAAAAAGAGUCGAGAAGCAAAACGUUCUCAGCAACUGCCAGCCAGACACUCACCCAUGAUAUCUCCCUUAGUAGGUGGGUGGCACGAGCAAAGGGCUGCCAGUCAUCUGGAUAGCCAGAGCCCAUAUGAUGCUUUGAUAGCAAGAAGUUCCUUCAAUGGGUUGCCUGGUCAUGUCAACAGUUAUCCGUCUGCCGCAUCUGUGGCAUAUCGAUCUGGUGCAGUACCUUUGCCUGAAAGCAUUCAUGGAGGUGGCGGUGGCCUGCAUGCAGCUGGCGUUUCAUCUGGAUACGGCCUGAUUUCAUCAGGUUCAUAUUUAGGUACACAAAGUCAUGGGAUUGUUGAUAAAGAUGGACAGGUGAUGAACAAUAAUUAUACAUCAUAUGGAUGGCAUGGUGUUGGGGAAACAGCAUUAAGUGACAGCCACAGGUCAGUGGGACAAAGCAUUGCUGCGCAUCCCGCGGGCAUUGGGGGUUUUUCCAGGGCAUCAGAAGGCUUUGCCGGCAUUCUGAAUUCCCCUACUCCUGGCGCCGCUAACCAGAGUUCAUCAUCUGAUCUGUAUUCUUUUGCUGAUGUUGCGGUGGAAGGUGAGUUGUAUAACAGCAGUUCCCAACAGUCUGGCCCUUUGAAACAUGUCGUGUCUGCUCGGCCAUACAUGUACUAAAUCAGUUGGAACUGAUUGUGGUGGCCUCCCUAGCUCUGACAUGCAUCUAUUUAUCAUGCUUUGAGGGAUACAUCCUAGGUUUAAAUGACAAUUAUAUGGGGACCUUUGUAGGCUCGUCGCACCUGGUUUUCAACCGAUGAAUCUAUUGGGAAGUUUUGGUACAACUUUGGAAGACUAUUUGGUGAGAGAUUUAGUUGUGCCUUUGUCAGCUGAAUUAUUUUGUGCUUUUGAAGGCAUUUGUUUUUCGAAGGUUAUGCCGAUGCCAUUCCCCAUUAGUUAGCACUCUCAUUGCUUUUAACUGACGAAAUGUAUCAACAAAGCCAUCUUGAAAUUAGUGGUA